AUGGCUGUCAACGCGUCGGUCCCCUUCGACUUGCCUCCUCUCCCCAGCUAUACUUUAUCUGUGCGGCAACCACUAGUGCCGUCUAUUCCCGAUAAUGUUAUGGCACUCAUGCUUCCCAUUAUCGCCUAUUGGGGCAUGUCCAUGAUCUACCACUUCAUUGACGUGAAAGGCUACUUCGAGCAAUACCGCCUCCAUACCCCCGCCGAAGUCCUGAAGCGGAAUAAAGUCUCACGUUGGGAAGUCGUCCGGGAUGUGAUUCUACAGCAAGUGAUUCAGACCCUAGCCGGCCUAUCCGUCGCGUAUUUUGAUCCCGUGGAAACCGUGGGGCGAGAGGAUUACGAUAUCGCGGUGUGGGCGCAGCGAAUUCGAAUUUUCCAGAGAGCUAUUCCCUCAAUAUUGGCUUUUGUUGGUAUUGACGGCGCUGGUCUAGCCAAGUCAGUGUCUCAGAGCGGUCACGCGACUCUCGCCGGCGUUCUUGCGGGAGGAUCUUACCCGAAUGUCGUGCAGCCUUGGAUCCUCGAAAGUGGUGCGGAGGUCAUGGCUCCCGCCUUCACUGGCUGGGAGAUUGCACUGGCCAGUUUUAUCUACUGGUACUUGGUUCCUGCUCUACAGUUCAUGCUUGCAGUCUCAAUCGUUGAUACUUGGCAAUAUUUCCUUCACCGCGCGAUGCAUCUCAACCGAUGGCUUUAUGUGACAUUCCAUUCUCGUCACCACCGACUCUAUGUUCCGUACGCCUUUGGUGCUCUUUACAAUCACCCUGUUGAAGGUUUCCUCUUGGACACUGCGGGGACGGGUAUUGGAUUCUUGGUUGCUGGCAUGACCAAUCGCCAAGGCAUGUGGUUCUUCACUUUCUCGACCAUCAAGACUGUGGAUGAUCACUGCGGCUAUGCCUUUCCUUGGGAUCCCCUUCAGCACUUCACCUCGAAUAACGCCGCCUAUCAUGACAUCCACCAUCAAAGCUGGGGAAUCAAGACCAACUUCUCCCAACCCUUCUUCAUUUUCUGGGAUCGCUUGCUCAACACUCAGUGGAAGGGCGAAGUCAAGCUCCGGUAUGAGCGAGCCCGCGAGAGCGCUCAAAAGCAAGUGGAUAUGGACGCUACCAUGAAGGCGGAAGGUGCCGCUGCGGCGUCUGUCGCUUCCGGCAGCGAGCGAGAACAUGAGAAGGUUGUGGUCUCUCCCGAGGGGCCCGCCACCCGGACUCGGCUGCGUCGCAAGACUGUUGACAGCCUAAAAGGCCCGAGCCACGGUGUCCCCGGGAGCGUGCUCCAUAACUAA